AUGGCCGACUCACAGUUCACGUUCAGCAACCUAAUUAACGGGGUGCUGAGGCCCGGUGCCUCGGUCACCCAGGGCAUCAACCCUUCUGACAGAAAGCCGUUGUGGGAUGUUCCCUUGGCUUCCCGACAGGAUCUCGAAGACGCAGUCGCUGCGGCCAAGGAUGCUUUCCCGGCUUGGAAGAAGGCCACUUGGGCGGAGAGGAGUCGCAUCGUUAGCGCGAUACGCGACGUUCUGCUUGAGAAUUCAGAGCAGAUGGCGACUCUGCUGACCAAAGAGGUCGGCAAGCCAAUCGAAUUUGCGAGGAUUGAGGUUGAUCACUCUAGCAACUUCCUUCAAUUCAACGCGGGAUUGCCCGAGCCGGAGGAGAAGGUCACGCUGGACGACGAAACACUCCGUCUCAGUAUCAGACAGCAGCCAGUUGGCGUUGUCGUGGCUAUCUGCCCCUGGAACUUUCCUCUGGUCCUGGCAGUGGCCAAGAUCGCCGCGGCCUUGAUUACCGGCAAUUGCAUCAUUCUGAAGCCCUCGCCAUUCACACCUUACUCCGUCCUCAAGUUCGCAGAGUUGACAAACCAUCUCCUGCCGAAGGGUGUGCUCCAGGUGCUGCAUGGCGAUGCGAACCUCGGUCCGUGGAUGUGCUCCCACCCCGGCGUCGACAAGAUCACCUUCACUGGGUCCACAGCGACAGGCAAGAAGAUCAUGGUGAACGCCGCCGAGACGCUCAAGACCAUCACUCUGGAGCUCGGCGGAAACAGCGCGAGUAUCGUCUGCGGCGACGUCAACCCCAAGAUCGUGGCGCCACAGGUUGCUAUGGGGGCAUUCUUCAACUCGGGCCAGUACUGUCUCGCGAGCAAGCGGAUCUACGUCCACGAAAGCAUCUACGAUGAGUUCCUUGCCGAAAUUGUCAGCACUGUGAAGGGCUGGAAGGUCGGGCCCACAUCCGAUCUCGAAGAAGGCAUCAUGCUGGGCCCCGUGCAGAACGAGAUGCAGUACGGCAUCGUGCACUCCUUCUUCAGUGAGGCUGUCGACAAUGGUUUCAAGUUUGCGCUUGGAGGACCCAUCCCCAAGGCCGAGGAUGUCAAGAACUUUAUUGUGCCGCCUGCCAUCAUCGACAACCCUCCGGACGAAUCCCUAGUUGUGAAAGGCGAAGCUUUCGGCCCCAUUCUCCCGAUUUUGAAGUGGUCUACCGAAGACGAGGUGCUCAAGCGCGUGAAUAACACGCAAACGGGCUUGGGCGGUACUGUCUGGUCGUCUGACCUCGUGCGAGCGCGAGCCAUCGCCGAGAGGGUCGAAUCAGGCACCAUCUGGAUCAACAGCUUUGAGAAGCCGCUGCCGCACGCUCACCUCAACGGUUACAAGGAGAGCGGCGUCGGCGGCGAAUGGGGAGCGGAGGGUCUGGGAUCGUACCUCAAGCCACAGGUCAUCCACUCGUACAAGGCUUCGCCAGUGUAG